AUGAAAGAUCUACUUAAACAGACUCCUUUCGACAAGUUUCUAUCGCCUGUGAUACCUUACAUUCCGCAGAGUAGAAGAAGAGCACCUCCAAGGAUAGAGGGGGUUUCCAGAUUUAUAGAACACUUGAAAGCUCCAAGAGGGAAAGGUGGGCUAUUUGUGGUUGGGGCAGCAGCAAAGACGGCCCUAGAAGAGGCCUUUCAUGAAAUACUCCCUAUAAAGGACAUAAGGGUGCUUAGCAGAUAUGCGUUUGUGGAGCUGGAAGACGGUGCAAGCAUAGACUGUAUAUCUGGAAAAUGGCACAGAAUCGGAGGAAAACCGAUGUAUGUCGACUAUGUAAGGGGAAGCAGCCUCAAGUUUGUGCCGAAGAGACUCAGAAACAGGACUACCCUGUGGCAUAACCACAAGAACAAAUUCAAGUAA